AUGUCUGAACAAAUUGGUGAAAAAAUCUACAAUUAUUUAAUCGGAUUUGAAAUAAAGACAAUUAAUAAAAAUAAAUUACCCUUAUAUCGCGACGUAUUGAGCUUGUUUAUGUACAAACAUCAUUCUUUGAAACAAACUAUUCGAAAUAGUUCAUCAGAUGUUCUUAGUGAGGUUAAUGCUGUUUGGGCUGGCUUUUUGAUUCCGACUAUUCGUCCUCAGCACAGUAAGAAAAAGCUAGAAAAGCUUUAUUCCGAGUAUAUAAUCAUUAAAAAACAUCGACACAGAGCAAAAAAAUCAAAAGCUGAACAAGCCAAUGUCAAAAAGUUUUGCGAAAAACUUGAUAAAUUGUUUGAUAUUUCUAAUUGUGCUGCCGUGAAAAACUUGCCAGAAGGAGUUAGAAACUUUUUAUUCGAGAGUCAAGGUAAGAAUUGUAAUAAACGUUUACCAGUAGCCUAUGCUUCACCAGAAAUGAUUUCUGAUAAUCAGUCAGCUAUGGAACAAGAUGUAGUUGAUGAAGAUAACGUCAACAUUGAGAUAGAAACAGGUUUCAAACUAUCUCAACAAACAGUCUUGACCAGUUUUUCCAGUAACGUAUCCAGUUCUAGUGAAUUAAAACGAACUUGCUCUGAUUUUGAAUAUGAAAUUCCUGCUCCGAAAAUGAAAAAGCUUAACAUUUUGACUUCUGAACUCGUAUCAGCGCUUGAUCGCACUCAAACCAGCGAUAGAAACGCGAUGUUUAUUAUAGCAGCUGUUAUUAAAAGUCUGGGUCUCGAUGUCGAGAAAUAUAAUUUAAGUUACUCCUCAAUUCGUAAUGCGCGCAUUUUAAAACGUGAAGAAAUUGUUGAUACCAUAAAGAAGAAGAAAGAAGAUGACGAAUCUCUUGUAGUUCACUGGGAUGGUAAGAAACUUCCUACAGGACAUGGCACAUUGAAAGCAGAACGACUGGCAAUACAUAUUUCUGGAACACAUACUUCAAGAAUUCUAGAAGCUCCUGAUUUUGUGACCAAAAAUUCAUUAUUUAUCUUUGAACAAUUUGAUCUUCCUUAUGGAUUUUUAAAUUCAGAACCAAAUACAUGGGAAACUAAUUACGAGUAUCAACAGUGUCUUAAAACAUUUUGCAACUUGAAGGUAGUGAAUGAUAUUGCCGAGCGAGGAGUAGCACUAGCUGAAAAAUUCAAUCAAGGUUUGACCAAUAAUGAAGAGGAGAGGCAAAAAAUUUUUCAGACUGUCCAAAACCAUCGCUUAGAGCACCCUUCAUCCGACAUGUCUUCGGAAGGUUCUGGGUUCGAAUCCCAGUCCGAGCUAUCUAAUAAUUUUUUUUUCUCGCAUAUUCUAUAA